UCAAAUUAGGCUGAAAGUAGCUUCCGAGGACUAAACUUUUGGCAACUCACAGAACCCAAAAAAAUCAUCAAGAAAUAUGCCAGUCUCUGUAGGUUCAAUUUGCCAGAUUUCUGUGCCAAUAGCUUCCAAAGCGCAAGGCCAUUUUGAUACAAACAAGUCCAUGUCAAGAUGGAGGCAGAGAAGCACUGUAAUCAGAUGUUAUAACAGAAGGGCAGAAGGGAGAGUAAGAGCAGAGAAGAAUUACUAUGAUUUGCUUGGAGUUUCUGUUGAAUCAAAUGCACAAGAAAUCAAAGAAGCUUACAGGAAGUUGCAAAAGAAGUAUCACCCAGAUAUUGCAGGCCAAGAGGGUCAUGAGCAUACUCUAAUGCUGAAUGAGGCCUAUAAGGUGCUGAUGAAAGAGGAUCUGAGGAGGCAGUAUGAUGCUUCCAUUGGUCAAAUGAGAGUACGAAAUGGGACAACAACCUACUCCGGCUUAGCUUAUAGCGCAUGGAAAGGGCCCUUGAGACCCCAAGCUCUAUUUGUGGAUGAGAAUGCAUGCAUAGGGUGCAGAGAAUGUGUGCAUCAUGCAUGUAGCACAUUCGUAAUGGAUGAAGCACUCGCGUGUGCAAGAGUCAAAGUUCAAUAUGGAGAUGACGAAGAAAAGAUUGAGGUUUCAGUUGAAUCAUGCCCUGUGAACUGCAUCCAUUGGGUGGAUAGGGAGGAAUUGCCAGCACUCGAGUUCCUGAUUCAGCCCCAGCCAAAGGAAGGGUAUGGCGUAUUUGGAGGAGGCUGGGAAAGACCAGCAAACGUUUUCAUGGCAGCUAAGUCCUUCACCAAGCAGCUGAAACAGCAGGAUGCCAUGGAACACCAUCAAACUCGAACAACAAGGGAAGAAGAAACCCCAGCUCAAGCUGAGGCUCGGGCUAAUGCCAGCAGAAAAUUAGAGGAGGAGAGAUUGUCAAGAAUUUGGAAUUGGAUGAAAGAAAUUUUCAGCUAGGAACAUGAUAUUUGAUUACAUAAUCCCCAGAAGGAGCCUUUAGAUGUCAAUCAUAGAUAAUGUAACAACUACAGAGUUAUAGCACAAGAUGUACAGAGACCAAAUUGAGAUCAGAAAUUACAUAAGGCGCUGAUUACAGCUUACGUUUA